UAAAGAUUCAUCUGGAAUAAUGAAGACUAUUAUACCCAUAUGUUUUCUUGUUUUCUUUAGCUACAUUAGGUGUCAAAUUCUUCAGACAAGUUUACUACAUACAGUCCUGGAGUCUGGGAAGUCCAAUAUCAAGAUGCUGGCAGAUUCAGAAACUGCCACACAGCAUGUUAAUAUCCAGAAUUAUAUGGAAGAGAAUUUAAGAGACCUUACCAGCAUUAUGACUGCUCAGUUUCUUCAGAAAGCAACUUAUGAAGAAAUACAAACUGUGGUUAAACAGUUACUAGAUUUUGCGGAAAAGUGCAAGAAUUUUGAAUCACACGUGUCAGCUGCAGAAUGUGCUCACCAGUUGAUGAUCAACUUCCUAGAGCAUAUUUGUAACAACCAAGGAAUGCUUGCCAAACACCUGUUCACUGACUGUUGUAAUACAAAUAUCACAGCAAGGCUCAAGUGCUUCUUAGCCUAUAAAAAGGGUGAUGGAGAUUACAGGGAUGAAUUCCAAAGUCCAAGGCCUGAGAAGAUCUGUGAAAUGGACAAAGAGAAUCAAUUGUCCACGAAGGAGAGGUACAGUUUUGAAAUUUCUAGAAGGCAUCCAUUCUUAUAUGGACCCACUAUCCUGACCAUGUCUGCUUGCUACAAAACAGCUAUUCAGUCAUGUUGUCAAGAGGAAGAUAAAAUGGAAUGCCUGCAGAUAAAGCUAGAACCCAUCCGAAAAUAUAUUAGAGAAAUAUCUUUGAGACACCAUCAUUUAUGUGAAAUUGGCAUUAAAUUCAACCACAAAGUAGCGAAAGCAGUGGAAUUGGUUCUGCUCACUAAAAAACAACCUAAAGCUAAUUUUUCUGAAAUUGCCAAAUUGACCACCGAUGUUAAAAAUCUGCAUAAGACCUGCUGUGAAGGAAACACAGUAGCAUGUGCUCUUGGUAGGAGCCAGCUUAUGAACUACACCUGCUCUAAACAGACUGUCCUAUCCAGCAAGAUCAGUCAGUGCUGUGAACUUCCAGUGCCAUUCCGAGGGGAAUGCAUUAUCAACUCAGAAAAUGAGGACAAACCUGACCUUUCGUCCCUGCCACUCAGCAGGUUUACAGAAGAUCGAUUUGUAUGCAAACAAUUCACUGACAACCAGGAUGACUUUCUACAAGAGUUUCUCUAUGAAUAUUCAAGAAGACAUCCGGAGUUGGCAGUUCCAGUGAUUUUAAGAGUGGAAGCAAAAUAUAAAAAUUUACUGGAAAAGUGUUGUAAAUUGGAAAACCCUUUGGAAUGCUAUAGUCACACGAAAGAGAUGUUCCAACGAGUGGUACAGGAAAGCCGUGAUCAUGUAAAAACUUACUGUGAUUUAUAUGAGAAAUUAGGCCAUAGUAACUUCCAUGACAGGCUCAUAAUCCUUUACACUAAGAAAGUCCCACAACUAUCUGCUCAAGAGUUGGUUGUGUUCACGAAGCAGAUGGCAGCUGCGGCCUCCAGAUGCUGCCCACAAAGUGACCAGCAACAGUUUGUCUGUAUUGAGGACUCUGCAAAACUCAUUCUUGGAGCUCUGUGCAGAAGACACGAGGUUGAGCCUGUCAAUACUGGUGUGGGUCACUGCUGUGAUGACUCUUAUGCCUUCCGGAAGCCAUGCUUUGAUGAGCUGCAAGUUUAUGAAACUUAUGUUUCUCCAUCUUUAUCUUGUGACCAAGUCAUCAGCUUUAAAGAGGACUUGUGCAAAGCUCAGAAGAAGGAACUCCAAAUUGAAAAGCAAAAGCUCCUCAGCAACCUGGUGAAGCAGAAACCAUCUGCAACAGAGGUGCAGUUCCAGUCAGUACUUGGGGACUUUAUGCACCUGGUGGAGAUGUGCUGCCAUGCAGAGAAAAGUGAUAUGUGUUUUCAGAAAGAGGGGUCAAAACUGAUUGAAAAGUGCCAGUCUGUCUUGGAAGGCUAAGUGAUGCCAGAAAAUGUCAAUGUAGAUCCUUGCCGAGAUGACCAUUUUGUUUUGCACGAAUAAUGAAACUCAUGUUGAUUAUUGAAAAUAACAAUUAACAAGUAAAUCUUUAGCUGCUCACAAUGUUACAAUGUUACUCAAGAACACUGACCCCCCCAAAAAAAAAAAAGAACACUGACCCAGUGUACACUAAAUAUCUCCUUUCUACCCAGCAGAGAAAGCUACUUAUAGAAACCCACAGACAAUCCACUCUCAUUUCCCUUCUCCCUAUAAGUUUUUGUUUCUUGAGAGCAGCAGCAGACUCAUGAAAUAAAAGGGCUUUCGAAACCUCAGGUAGAGGUAAAGGGCUGCCAUGUCUAGUUGGGAAUAGGCUACUGGGCUUCCACCAGGAAAAAGAUCCCAAGGGCAACUUGGAGUUCUGUCUAUACCACUACUGAAAAAGAAAAUCAGCAAACAUGCUUUAUCAUAAAGUUACCUUCACAACUGACCUGUACUCUUUUACCUCAAAUUUUACUGACAUUGGUAGCAUGGGCUCCUAAUAUAUUUAUAUUAAUUUGAGCUUUAGGUUAUGAUUAGUCUUUCCCCUGGAAAUCCUCCUGUAACUGACCUAAAGAAUUUAUAACUUGAACUGAUUUUUAAUUUUACCAGAGUUUUUGUAUAAUAAAAUAAUUAGUACUAUUUACUUUCUAAAUAGAUGAAUUAUUUUGAUUGGAGAAAUACAGAGGAAAACUUUGUGGUUAUGAUGCUCUUUAUUUGAUUUUAAAUAUUGCUUUUCUUCUCCACAGUGAUUUCAAUAUGGUAAUACAUGUUAGAGAACUAAAUCCAAUAAUCAAUCAUGAACUUCAUGAUGUGUUCAGUGCACUGUGCUAGAUACUGAAGGGAAUAAUACAAAAAUGAAUAUUGUAAGAACAAAGUGUUAAUGAAUUUAUACAAGAUAGAAGCACAUAAAGGAAUUAUAAUAAAAGGCAAAUUUCACAUUUCUGUUGUUACAAGAACAGUAUAAACUGUCAUUGUGGUGCAUAGGAAUUUGAGAUCACAUACUGUCACAGGAAAUUCUAUUGGAAGAAGUACCCUUAGCCCAGCUUUAGAAAGUUGAAACAGUUGGAUUCAACAGAGAUGUGGGGAAGGUCUUCAGGGAAUAUGAGUUAUCCAUCUGGCUAUUUUUAAGACAGGGAUGAAGUAAUUGUGGACAAUAAAAUUUAGUGGAACAUAAAGCUACAAGGGUGGGUGGGGAUAUCCGCUAAUUUAACUAUACAUACUAUUUAUCACAUACUUCUUAUGUGCAAGGUGUCAGCCUUUAUGUGUAUUAGUCGCAUGAUUCCCACAACUGUCUAAGGGAGGAAGUACAGUAGAUCCUCCUUAUCUCUGGAUUCUGCACCUAUGGAUUCAAUGAACUGCAGAUGGAGAAUAUUUGAAAAUCAAUGGUGUCUGUACUGGACAUGCACAGGCUUUUUUGUUACGCCACCUGCAAUUUCCUUCAGUGCUUGAUAAGGAUUCCACUGAGUAAAAAAGAUGUUUGCAAAGUCUCAUCUCAUUGGGAAUUUGCGUUGUGGGCUUUCCUUCCUUGCUUGCUUAAUAUGUGUAGGUUUACUAAUAAUAUUUUAUGUGUUUUCCCUGAAAAUAAGGGUCUUA